CAGUUGAUUCACGGCACUGAAAGGCUGCGGUCAGCCAGCAGAUAAUUUUGUAUCUGACAGAUACAAAGCGUACAAAACUGGCUAUUGCCUUAUACGUAAUACGUAAUACCUAUUUAAUGCAUUCAGCUCAUUUUCGCCGAUUUAAAUAGCCAAGCAUACGCCAGCCAGUUAGUCACUGAGUCAGUCAGUCGGAGAGACAACUGCGCCUUUAGAUCAACGCAACAAUUGUCGCUUGUCUCAGUUUCGAUUGUUGCAUUGCCACAGCAACAACAACCACAGCACUAGAAUAACUUCAGAUGGGUCUGUCGGAUACUACAGUGAAGCAUCUGCUGCUUCUGCUCAACUUUGUGUAUGCGGUGCUCGGUUUGCUGCUCAUUGGAUUUGGCAUAUUCUUUCUAGCCUACGUCACGACGAUUAGCAUUGGUGAGAAUGUCGCUGGCGGUCUGAUAAUCGGCCUGGGCGUCGUCAUCAUAAUCAUUGCCAUCUUUGGCUGCUUGGCUGCCAUACAUGAAGCGCCAAGGCGACUCUUGAUAUAUGUUGUGGCCGUGGUGGUGUUGAUACUCACACAACUGCUGUUUCUUAGCAUGGUAUCGAACGGCACUAAGGAUGGCAUCUCAGGUAGCAUCAAUGAGGGCUUUGAGAAAUUGUGGGAUAUGGAGCGCAAUGAAACCGGCGCAUUGUCAUACUAUGAGAGCUGGUUGCAUUGCUGUGGUGUCAACAACUCCGAGGACUAUUUUGUCAUACAUCAUGCGGUGCCCAAGAGCUGUUGCAUUGACCAAAAAUGCAUUGACGACUCCAGUCUCUACAAAGUGGGCUGCAAGUCGAAAUUCGUCGAGUACUUGGAUGACCGGCUAUUGGUUUUCAAGAUUGUCAGUUGGCUGCUCAUCUUGGGAGAGGCUGUAGGCGCUUCCCUUGGUUGGUUCCUGCUAACCGGACUUAAGAACCAGGAUCGACGCAACAAUGCUGUCUGGAUGUAAACAAUUAUAACACUAAGACUUAAGUAUUACUUAAAUUAAAAUACACUAAUAUUAAAUUGCUUUUAUUAUAAAACUUAAUUGUACUUUGAAAUAUUGUUUUUAU